CAAUUACAAAAUUGAAUAAAUAACAGAUAACUUAUCAGAGUCAAUACUCAAUUUCAAUGCAUUAAAAUUAAAAUAAUUGAUAAUUACCAGAUAAGUAAUUAAUUUUAAUUAAACAAAAAUCAUACAGUUUCGCAUUUAAUUUCGUGGAACGAUGUUCAAACUUAUUUUUGUCUUAUGUUUUCUCGGAAACUGUUUUGGAGAAGAUGAACAUCUUAUAGUUGAGACUUCUCUCGGAAAAAUUAGAGGUCAUUACAAGAAAACGUUCCUUGGGAAAUUCUACCGAAGUUUUGAAGGAGUUCCGUACGCGGAACCGCCGCUAGGGGCGCUGAGGUUCCGGGAUCCGGAACCAAUUCGUCCAUGGCCUGGAACUUUGUUCGCGGGAAGAAUCGAAGGCAAUUGCAUGGCGUAUUUGCACGAAAAGGUGGCUGUUAAUGGCGACCGAGUCGACGGAACUGAAGACUGUCUAUUCUUGAACAUCUACACGCCGGAGAACAAGACAAUGCUUCCUGUCUUGUUCUACAUGCAUGGAGGAUCUUUCCAGUUUGGAACCGGGAAUCGGGCUGAGUCUCGCUACAUCAUGAAUCGCGAUGUCGUUUUUGUUAGUGUUAAUUAUCGACUUGGGCCUUUUGGAUUUUUGAGCACUGAAGACGAAGUAGUUCCUGGGAACAUGGGUCUGAAGGAUCAAAGUUUGGCCAUAAAAUGGGUGAAAAAUCACAUAGAAGCUUUCGGUAGCGACCCCAAUCGUAUAACUCUUGUCGGAUUGAGCGCAGGUGGCGCUAGUGUACAAUACCAUUAUUUAUCACCAAUGAGCCGUGGACUUUUUCAUGGUAAAAAACUCUUUUUAUAUAUAGAUUUUUUUUUACAUUUAAAAAGCUGGAAUAUCAAUCAGCGGCACAGCGCUGGAUUGUUGGGCUCAAACCGAAAACUCUCUCGAAAAAUCCAAAAAAUUAGCCUCAAUCUUGGGCUGUCCUACAACGAACACUUCAUCAAUGGUCGAGUGCUUAAGAACGCGGCCUGGCAAAGGGAUUUCUUAAGCAGUCGGGGAAUUCCAGCCCUGGCUCUACAACCGAAUCACACCAUUCGGGCCAGUCAUCGAGCGGAAAUCCCCGAACGCGUUUAUUGGCCGUUCACCAGCAGAAAUAAUAAUUAA